CGCUGCUAUCGACACGAUAAGGUCAUUGGAGCCUACCGACGCUAAUUACGACAAGUCCUUGGAAUUGCCCAUUAAGCGAUUUAAUAAUAAAUUAUUGUAUUUUCAGGGCAAAGUACGGGCUAUAUUCGGGCUAUCAGGAGUCGAGAACAGUUCUGCAGGCAGCUUACGAUGGGAAUAGGCACUUUCAGUAGAUAAAUUGCCAACGUGAAAGGAUAUGUCAGCAUAUCUGGAAAAGAGAUGUUAAUGUUGGAAAACUUGGGGAGCGCAACGGCACAUACACCUAGCCUGCAGGUGGGCAAAAACUUAUCCAAAGCAUAUCGCAACACACUUAUUGUCUCAUCUAAUCAACAACUUUGCGAAUCUAAAGAUCAUUAUCUCGCUAAAUGCACUUGAUUUUUAAAUUUGUCACCCAAUCUGCGCCAUAAGGAAGCCGAACGUAUGCUUCUUUGCUUGAAUUGCUUACAAAAGGGCCAUAGCUUGCAGCAGUGCUGAUCAGGCCUGAAAAAGCAGACAUUGUCCACCACUCUUUGCUGCACAUGACUCCAAACUUAAGUUUGAUCAUAGUGCACAAAACACGCAGGCUGCUAGAGAUAUGCAUUUUCAUAUUCCGUCUACGCUGCCUCAAAACUCAUCAGCUCUCAUUACGACUGCCUCUGAUACAUCACACUUGAAGCUGUCCUGGCUAUACGCCAGGAGCCGCUCUGAAGCAUACAUACCCUGCCGCGCAUUGCUGGACAACUUUAUUACCAGCAGACUCGCCAAAACUCUUCAGCUGUCAACUCAUCAUUCGAACGUCUCGAUAUCAUGCAUUGGCAUUGGCAGCUUUAACCUCUAACUUGUCUGCUGAUGCUCCUGCUCAGUCGCAUAACAGAAAAUUCAGCACAGUAUUUUCCGCCGUCAUAACGCGUACAAUAACAGAAUAUCAGCCUCAUUUUGAAAUCGACGUUGCCGGUUGGAAAAUUCCCCAAAACAUCAAACUCGCUGACCCAUCGUUCUUUUAGAGCCAGCGGAUCGAUCUACUACUUGGUGCUAGCCAAUUUUUCGAGCUCAUUUGUGUUGGUCAGAUUCGCAUUGAUAUUAACUUGCCGAGACUCCAGAAGGCGAAACUCGGGUGGAUCGUCUCUGGCGGAUUUUCACGUAAGACAUCUUUAGCUGUUCUUCUUAAUGAGACCAACCCAUGCCCAGUAGAGGAUUCGCUGUCCUGCAUCGUCAAAAGCUUUUGGGAGGUCGACAAUUGCUGUGGCUCCACACCCAUUCCUUUUGAUGAAGACGCUCUCUGUGACAAAUUAUUUGUGCAAGGCUGCGCACGCCUCAUCUCAGACCUAUAUUCCGUGUGCCUGCCUGCGAAAACGAUCUUCGAUGCCUUGGGUGAUUCUUAUCAUCGCGCUUUAAGACGGUUCAAAGGUCUCGAAUGCAAGCUUAGCAGAAAUCACCAACUAAAGUAUAAAGAUUCUGCGUUCAUGCAAGAAUAUAUAAGUCUGGGUCGUAUGUUGCUUGUUACUAACAAUCAAACUAAACCUCAGUUUCAUUUGCCACAUCACUGGGUGGAGAAGCCGGACAGCAAAUCAACGAAACUGCGCAUCGUUUUUGACGGAUCCGCUAAGUCGACAUCAGGCGCAUCCCUAAAUGAUUUGCUACUACUAGCUGGUCCACCCAUUCAGCCAAAAAUCUUCAACAUACUGCUUAGAUUUCGUCUUUUCAAGGUUGCAGUCUGCGCUGACAUCAAGAUGCAUCGUUGCGUACGCAUAACACCUCCAGACCAGUUCCUGCAAUGCAUCUUAUGGCGCGAAAAUCCGCGUGCCCGGAAUAAAACAUACUCUUCGGAUACGGUUACAUACGGAACUAAGCCUGCUGCGUUUUUAGCCAUCCACACGAUGCAACAGCUUACCUACAACGAGGAGCACAAUUUCCCACUGGCUGCCAAGAUCAUCCGCCUGGACUUCUAUGUCGAUGAUUUGAUCUCUGGAGGGGAUUCCAUUGAGGAAGCCAGUAAAAUUCGACAUCAAAAAAUUCAAGUGACUUGGAGGUACUUACGCCUGGCCACUUUCUCUGUCCAAGUCCAACGCUUCUACUGACGAGCCCGACUUGACGCAUCUGAACAUCGAUCGUCUUAGCUGCUGGCAACGUGUUUGCUACAUGCAGCAGACCUUUUGGAAGAAGUGGAGCAUCGCUUACCUCUCACUGCUGCAGGAGCGUGGAAAGUGGCGCGCUCCUAAGAGAAAUCUUCAACCUGGCGACAUCGUGCUGCUCAAGGAGGACAACAUUACCUCCCUGAGAUGGCCUCUCGGCCGAGUCGACAGACCAAUAAAAGGAGAUGACGGUGUUGUGCAGGUGGCCAUCAUUCAAACUGCAAGCGCACUUGUCAAGAAAGCUAUCACAAAGAUCGCCGUUCUGCCUAUCCAGACCACUUCGAUGGAAAGCCUGCGACUUCAAACGGGGGGAGCAUGUUCGCAGCAGAACGUCAAUUGAUUUAGUAUCAAACACUCGUGUUGUAAAUUUUCUUAAAACGUACAUCACUAAUCAACCAUUCACUUUACCAUCACUAGUCUUCUUAAAAACCUGCAGCUAAAAAUACACGCAC